AUGGCGACCCCAACCGCUUUGCCGCCGCUCCCCUUUAACCCGUCGCGCGUGCGAUCAUACCUAGUGCGGUUGCCGCUGUUCACGCGACUGGUGCUGUUGGUGAUUCUUGUCUUCUGGCUGUUGGAGUUCCAAAGUGUUUGGAGUGUUGUACAAUGGGGCUCGCUGAUUCCCGAUGAGUGUAAUUUGGGCACAAUGUACCGAUUGAACACUUAUCCUCUGAUCCACACCGGAUUCUUUCACGCAGCACUGAAUACCGUGGCUCUUACACCGCUCUUGGAGCGAUUCGAAGCGGAACAUGGCACCCUUACAGCGGUCGCCCUAUUCCUUGGACCGUUGUCGACUCUCCCCGCGGGCCUGUACCUUUUGGUUGAGAAGGCGAUUUUGCAUUGGAACACCCCCAUUGUGGGCUCAAGUGUCUGGGUAUUUUUGCUUUUGGGCUCCGAGGCCAUUAGGACAUUCAAGUCCCACCCGUACUUCAGUCUCGGUCCGUACAAGAUUCCUACCUGGACAUCGCCUCUCGCUGCCUGUAUUGUCUUGUCCAUCCUUGUGUCCAAUGUGAGCUUUUUGGGUCAUCUUUGUGCAAUCCUUGUGGGCUAUCUUUUCGGCCUUGGGUAUCUCAAGGUCUUUGUGCCUCCAGAGAAGGUCCUGCGAUGGAUCGAGGGCAAGCUUAACCUCUUGGGUCGCCUGCCUCACUAUGUAUCGGUGGACCAGAAGACAUAUGGCCGAUAUGGCGUUCUGCCAACAGCCAAUGUUGCUGGCAAUGGAAACGCAACUCCCUUGAGCUACUUGGGAUCCAACCAGCGCCUGGGCUCAUACGAAAGCUCUGGAACUAAUUAA